AUGAGUUCUGUGAAUGAACUAUUAAACUACUUUGUGGUUAAUGAGGAUAAAGAUGAUGUGGCCAAGGGCGGAGAGGGAGCCAAGUCACGGGCCGAGCAGCUCGAGAGGGAGAGACAGAAGGAAAACGAAAAGGCAGUCGUACGGAGGUACUUCCCGGGACAGAAACCCCACUACGCGAAGAACGCCAAGGAGGACGACGAGGAGGAUGGCGACGAAGAUGAUGAGGAGGAAGAGGAUGAGGACACCCUCUUCGCGCGUAACGAUACCCUUACGGAAUAUUUACAAAAACAGGGCCACGCACCAAGGAGAGGCGAUGCGGAUAAGGAGCCUGGGAGUGACCUGCCCAGUAGCCGUGGCCAUGUCGACUCCAGAUAUGAGAGACUCAAAAAUAAAAGCAUCAAGGGAGACGAACGGGAAAGAAUCACCAGGCGGGUUCGAGAAGUAAAAGUUAUUAACAACCCGGAGGAGGUGAAGGAAGAAGGCCUCACAAAGGCCAGAGCAGAGGAAGGAGAAGAGGCAGACAAUUAUGAAAAGUACUUUUCUGUAGGACAGGAAGAAGUAGAGCAGGUGGAGGAUGAAGAAGAAGAAGAAGCCGACGAUGAGGAUGAAUCCAGCAACUCUUCUGAGGACGAAUCAGAUGAUCAGUCGGACGAUGAAAACUACAUGAACGGACAGGACGGAAGCGCCCCAAUGAAACACGAGUACGUGUUUAAAAUGAAGAGGAAGACACUGCUGGAGACGUUCGAAAAGGAGAAGAGCGAGAAGCAGCUGUUAAAAGAUGAAGAAACGGAAAAAAAAAAAAUUGAACUGGAGAAAAAGGAAAAGGCAAUAGAAGAAACUGUACACAACGAUAUAAUGAUUGAACAAAUGAAAAACCAAGAAAAUAAUUUGUUCUCGUCUGAUGAAAAUUUCGAGGACGAUGAUGAUGAGGGGGAACCAAAUGAAGAAGAAUACGAGCUGUGGAAGCUUCGUCACCUUAAUAGACUAAAGAGAGACGAACUGGAGAGGAGAAAGCAUGAACUUGUACAAAACGAAAUUAGCGAAAGGAGGAAAAUGACAGACAGGGAAAUAAUGGAACAAAAUAAAUUACUUCCACACAAGGAAAAGAAGAAAAAGAAAAAAAUGCUGUUUAUGCAAAAGUACUAUCACAAGGGAGGAUUCUUUCAGGACCUCUUUGAAGAAGGCAAGGAAGAAAUUUACACACGUGAUUAUAACGAGCCCGUGUACGAGGACAAAGUCGACAGGGAGAAUUUGCCCAAAGUUCUUCGCGUGAGGAGGGGCAACUUCGGCAAGCAGGGACAAACCAAAUACACCCACUUGCUCGACAACGACACCUCCAGGAAGGACUCGCUGUGGGCGAACCGGGACAUGGAAGAUCGUCGCGCCCGCCGCAAGGAGGAUGUGUUCGACCGCCCUACCUACCGGAAGGGAUAG